AUGAAUGAGACAGCAAAUUCAGCCACAUUUUACGAUUCAAAACAUCAUUCAAAACGUUACGCGCUGAAGCGGAGGCGUACGAUGACACUUGCACAUAUAAGCGAGCAAGAGGAGUCGUCACCUGACUCAUCAGAGUUGAGAUGCAGAAAAAUCGCUUUCAACUUCGUGCGCCCUAGCUAUGGACUUAUGAGGAUGGAUCUCACACCUAAGUGCAUUCGAAAGAGGCGAGCUCAAGGGCCAUUGACGUGAGCAUUCUGUAAACUCUGCUACUUACAUUCGAGUUUCAGUGCCAAAUUCUGCUUAAGUUUAACUUUUGUAUAUUCAUAUGGUUUUUUUAUUUUAGCUAUCCUAACGGUCCUAGGUUCUUGUCUUUUCUUGAAGAAAUGGUACUUAACAUGACUUCAUUCACUUGUAAGCAGUAUUUCUGUAUACAUAAUGGUCCCUUGUGAUACCGUUGUCGAUAAUGACUAUGUGGAACAAAUAGACUUACAAAAGAACUUUGGAAACUUUGUACAGGG